GAGCCACGCACACCGCUCCAGCAGCUCCUCAAUUCCAGUCCUUCCCCUGUGCCGCUGCCUGGGCUUGUCCUCACAACUUGGAAUUUCCUCCCUUCCCUGGAUACUGCUCUUCUGCCUGGGAAUGUGUAUGUGCCGCCACUCUGUGCGCUCCCCCCAUUGAUGGUGGUGGCCAAAGUGCUUGGGUUCGGCCGGUGAUGGUGAGACCGGCUCGGCGCUCCCCUGACAGCGCUGGCUGCACUUGCCCCUGGGGCUAUGCUCACAAGGACACUCUGGGGGGAAAACUUUGCAGGAGGUCGCUCAGCUGAAGCCGAUGGGGGAUCAAAGCAAAUAGAGUGAGGUUUGGCUGAGGAAUAAACAUCCAGCUGGUCUGGAGAUUUUACAUUCUUCAACCACCAUGGGGAGAUACUUGAUCAUGCUGCUAUUAUUGCUGAUACUGCAGCAUCUUGGCAACUGUGAAGGAAGCCAUGGACUGCACACAUCUUCCUCAUCAAUGCAGUUUACUCAAUACUCGUACAAUGCCACUGUGUAUGAAAACUCUGCUGCCAAGACCUAUGUUGGUCACCCAACAAAAAUGGGAAUUUACCUUAAAGAUCCUUCCUGGGACAUAAAGUAUAAAAUAAUCUCUGGUGACAAUGAGAACAUCUUUAAAGCUGAAGAGCACAACCUGGGUGAUUUUUGUUUUUUAAGGAUACGAACCAAAGGCGGUAAUACCGCUAUCCUUAAUAGAGAGGUUAAAGACAACUACCUUCUUACUGUGAAAGCAGUAGAAAAGAACUCUAAUGCUGAAGCCCGCACACGUAUUAGGGUCCAGGUACUGGAUACAAAUGACUUGAGACCGUUAUUUUCACCAACAUCCUACAGUGUGUCUUUGCCUGAAAACACAGCAAUAAGAAGCAGUAUUGCCAAAGUUACUGCUACCGACGCAGAUAUAGGAACAAAUGGAGAGUUCUACUACAGUUUCAAGGAGAGAACAGACAUGUUUGCAAUUCACCCCACCAGUGGUACUAUAGUACUGACCGGACGACUCGACUACACUGAGACCAAACAUUAUGAAAUGGAAAUCCUCGCUGUGGACCGUGGACUGAAACUGUACGGAAGCAGUGGCAUUAGCAGUAUGGCUAGACUGAAUAUUUACGUGGAACAAGCCAAUGAGCACGCCCCUGUCAUCUCUGCAGUUCGGCUUACUCAUCCUGAACUGGAUAAAGAUUUAACAUACGCCAUUGUAACAGUAGAUGACAACGACCAAGGACCCAAUGGUGAAAUUGCCUCUCUGAGUAUUAUUGCUGGUGACCCUCUGCAGCUUUUUAAAACAACAAGGACUUCGCCUGGAAGUAAGGAGUACAAAAUUGUAGCGGUUAAAGAGACUGAAUGGGAAAUGCAGCCAUUUGGCUAUAAUCUCACACUCCAAGCAAAAGACAAAGGUUCACCCCCACAGUUUUCAGCUACUAAAGUUAUCCAUUUAACCUCCUCCAGAUUUAAAUAUGGUGCAGUUAAAUUUGAAAAAGACAUUUACAGGACAGAAAUAAGUGAGUUUGCCCCUCCUAAUACACCUGUUGUUCUAGUCAAAGCUGUACCUAGUAACUCACACAUAAAAUAUGCCUUUAGAAAUAGUGCAGACAAAAACAGGUUCAGUAUAAAUCCAAACACUGGCCUCAUUUCCACUUUGUCACCAGUCAAAGCAAAAAUCUUAUCCCACAUUGAACUGGAUAUUAUAACAAGCGACAAGAAAGCUUUUACUAAAGUGCUGAUCAAAGUUCUUGGCACGAAUAUUAAUACCCCUGAAUUCACACAGACCUCUUACAAAGCUGUAGUAGAUGAGAAUUCUCCAAUUGGGAGCAGUGUGUUCAGUGUCCAUGCCGUUGAUCAUGAUGAAGGAGAGAACGGGUUCAUAACCUACAGUAUAGCUAACAUUAAUCCUCAGCCUUUUGCCAUUGAUGCUUUCUCUGGCGUCAUUACAACUUUAGAAGAUUUAGACUAUGAGUUGAUGCCUAGGAUAUAUACUCUAAAAAUUCGAGCAUCAGAUUGGGGUUUGCCUUAUCGAAGAGAAACUGAAAUCCCUGUCACGAUAACCUUAAAUAACCUCAAUGACAACAUACCGCUCUUCGAGAAAGUUAAUUGUGAAGGCACAGUCCCCAAGGACCUUGGUGUUGGAGAGCAAAUAACCACUGUUUCUGCUAUAGAUGCCGAUGAACUUCAGUUGGUAAAGUACAGAAUUGAAUCUGGAGACGAGUUGGAUUUGUUUACACUGAAUCCUAAUUCUGGAGUACUUUCUCUGAAACAGCCUCUCUCAGAAGGGCCUGCAAAUAAAGUCUCUUUUUACAGUCUGAGGAUUACAGCUACAGAUGGAGAAAACCUGGCCCAGCCAAUUUACAUAAACAUUACUGUGACUUCAAGCCGCAAGGGUGUUCACUUAAAUUGUGAGGAGACUGGUGUUGCUAAAAUGCUUGCCGAGCGCCUUCUACAAGCAAAUAAACUGUUUAAUCGUGGAACACAGGAGGAGGUCUACUUUGACUCUCACAUGACAAACACUCAUGCCCCGCAUUUUAAAAGCAUCCUUCCUAGCAUAAUAGCAAUCAAAGAAAAUGUACCAGUGGGAGCGAAUAUAAUCCAUAUGGAAGCCAAUGACCUUGAUGCUGGUUUCAGUGGGAAACUACUCUAUGCCAUUUCAGGAGGUAAUGAUGAUAGCUGUUUCGCUGUGGAUAUGGAAACGGGGUGGUUAAAAAUUUUAUCUCCGCUUGACCGAGAGCUCAAAGAUCAAUAUAAUUUAAAUAUAACAGUAUAUGAUCUUGGAAUACCACAGAAGUCCUCAUGGCGCCUCUUAGAUGUCAAUGUCCUUGAUGUGAAUGACAACCCACCAGAGUUUUUGCAGGAGAGUUACUCUGUCCAUUUAAAAGAGAACGAGGAAGGGCACAAUGCUAUAAUUCAGGUACAGGCUGUGGACAAAGACUUGGGCGUUAAUGGAGAAGUAAAAUAUUCUAUUCUUACUGACACCGAUAUCUUUACAAUCAAUAGUGAAACUGGUGUUAUCAAAGCAGUUGCACCGUUAGACAGGGAAAAGCAGCAUACGCAUUUGCUGAAGAUAGAAGCCAGGGACCAAGCAGAAAACGAACCUCAGUUAUUUUCCCAUGUUCUUUUAAAAGUAACAGUCGAAGAUGUGAAUGAUAAUCCUCCAGUAUUCAUUCCUUCAAAUUAUCAUGUCAAAGUACGAGAAGAUCUUCCAGUGGGGACUGUGAUAACCUGGUUGGAUGCCUAUGACCCAGAUGUAGGGCUUUCUGGUCAAGUUCGGUUUAGCCUUUUGGAAAAUGGCGAUGGAAAAUUUGAAGUGGAUAAAGUAAGCGGAGCUGUGCGCAUAAUUCAGGAGCUGGAUUUUGAAGAGAAGCAGGUUUAUAACCUAACUGCUCGGGCAAAGGAUCGUGGCAAACCUGUUUCCUUAUCUUCUGCUUGCUACAUUAAUGUUGAACUCAUUGAUGUUAAUGAGAAUUUGCAUACACCGUUGUUUUCGGAGUUUGUAAGCAAAGGUUCCAUUAGAGAAGAUGUUCCCAUUGGGACACCAGUGAUGACUGUUUCAGCUCAUGAUGAGGAUACAGGAAGGGACGGGGAAAUCCGAUAUUCAAUAAGGGAUGGAUCAGGAGUUGGAGUCUUUACGAUACAUGAAGAAAAAGGUACUAUCCGGACUGCAGAUAAUCUUGACCGUGAAACCACUUCCCAUUAUUGGCUGACCGUCUAUGCAACAGAUAGGGGUGUCGUUCCCCUUUCAUCCUUCAUUCAAAUAUACAUUGAAAUAGAAGAUGUUAAUGAUAAUGCCCCCCAGACAGUGGAACCUGUAUACUACCCUGAAGUCAUGGAAAACUCUGCAAAGGAUGUAUCUGUUGUGCAAAUCAAUGCCUUUGAUCCAGACUCCAUUUCCAGUGACAAGUUAACAUAUAAAAUCUCUACUGGCAACCCUCAAGGAUUUUUUGCAAUCAACCCUAAAACAGGUUUAAUAACCACUACAUCUAGAAAGCUGGACAGGGAGCAGCAAUCGGAGCAUAUACUCGAGGUAACCAUUACAGACAACGGCCAUCCUGCCAAAUCUGCCGUCACUCGAGUUAUUGUGAAGGUGUUGGAUGAAAAUGACAACAAGCCACAGUUUCUGCAGAAAUUUUACAAGAUCAGACUUCCUGAGAGAGAAAAGCCAGAAAGAGAAAGGAAUGCCAAAAGGGAUCCAAUUUACAGGGUCGUCGCUGUUGAUAAGGACGAUGGAGCGAACGCCGAAAUCUCGUACAGCAUCGAGGAAGGGGAUGAGCAUGGAAAGUUCUUCAUUGAGCCAAAAACUGGGGUUGUGUCUUCCAAGAAGUCCUCUGCUGCUGGGGAAUAUGAUAUUCUCUCGAUUAAAGCAGUUGAUAAUGGGAGGCCUCAGAAAUCCUCAACCACUCGUUUGCACAUAGAAUGGAUUGCUAAACCCGCGCCAUCAGCAGAGCCCAUUACCUUUGAGGAGCCAUCAUUCUCCUUCAGUGUGAUGGAAAGUGAUCCUGUUGCUCAUAUGAUCGGCGUAAUUACAACGGAACCCUUGGGCUCGCCACUGUGGUUUGACAUCACCGGUGGAAACUACGACAGCAGGUUUGAUGUGGACAAGGGCACAGGAACCAUCAUUGUUGCUAGACCUCUUGAUGCAGAACAGAAAUCUAAUUACAACUUGACAGUGGAGGCAACAGAUGGGACAAGAUCAGUCAGUACACAGGUUUCUAUUAAAGUAAUAGAUACAAAUGAUCACAGACCCGAAUUUUCUACCUCCAAGUAUGAAGUUCUCAUCCCUGAGGAUGUACAGCCCGACACUGAAAUCUUGCAAGUCAUUGCCAUAGACCGAGAUGAGAAGAACAAACUCAUUUAUACUCUGCAGAGCAGCACUGACCCCGUUAGCCUUAAGAAGUUUCGAAUGGAUCCUGCCACGGGUUCCUUAUAUACAACUGAAAAAUUAGAUCAUGAGACAAUGCAGCAGCAUAUUCUCACAGUAAUGGUACGAGAUCAAGAUGUUCCCGUCCUGCGCAACUUUGCCAGAAUUGUUAUUAAUGUGACUGACACAAAUGACCAUGCCCCAUGGUUUACAAGCUCAUUUUACGAAGGUCGAGUCUAUGAAUCAGCGGCGGUUGGAUCUGCAGUUCUGCAAGUCUCUGCAUUAGACAAAGACAAAGGAAAGAAUGCUGAAGUUGGGUAUUCUAUUGAGUCAGGGAACACUGCUAAUGCUUUUACAAUUGAUCCGGUUUUGGGAAUUAUCAAGACGGCAAAAGAGCUUGAUCGAAAUAACCACGGGCGAUAUGAGUUAGUGGUCAAAGCCACAGAUCAUGGCAUCCCUCCGCUGAGCCAGAUAACAUCUAUACACAUUUUUGUCACAAUUUCCAACAAUGCAGCUCCAAAGUUUACAAAGAAGGAGUAUUCUUCUGAAAUCAGUGAAACCGCUCAUGUUGGCAGCUUUGUUGCAAUGCUUUCUGCCUACAGUCAGUCCUCUGUAGUCUAUGAAAUAAGGGAUGGAAAUACUCUGAAUUCCUUUGAUAUCAAUCCAAACUCUGGUGUUGUUACAACCCAGAAGCAGCUUGAUUUUGAAACAUUGCCAUCUUUCACACUUACUGUUCAAGCAACAAACAUGGCGGGCUUGUCCACCAAUAGCACUCUUACAGUGCAUGUUCGUGAUGAGAACGACAACUUUCCAGUGUUUGCUCAGACUAACUACAGAGGCCUUAUUAGUGAAUCUGCUCCACCCAACAGUGUUGUUCUGACUGAUGAUAAUAUCCCUUUAGUAAUAAGAGCGACUGAUAGUGACCAGGAAUCAAAUGCACUGCUUGUUUAUCAAAUUGUUGAACCAUCGGUCCACAAAUAUUUUGCUAUUGAUUCAAGUACUGGUGCCCUGCGUACUUUAUUGAGCCUGGAUUAUGAACAAACAAACAUAUUCCACUUUACCGUUCAAGUGCACGAUAUGGGCUAUCCACGACUAUUUGCUGAAAAUGCUGCAAAUGUUACUAUAUAUGUUGUAGACAUCAAUGAUUGCGCUCCAGUUUUUUCCAAAGAUGUCUACGAAACCUCUCUUUUAUUGCCAACAUACAAAGGAGUAAGGGUAAUAACAGUCAAUGCAACAGAUGAUGAUUCUGGGGCAUAUUCCCAACUCAUAUAUUCUAUUAUUGAAGGUAACAUUGGAGAUAAAUUCUUGAUUGAUCCCUUGAAAGGAACCAUCACUGUGCAAAACACAACAAAUUUAAGAAGCAGAUAUGAGCUUACAAUUAGAGCGUCUGAUGGGCGAUUCUCAAGCUUGACAUCUGUUAAAAUUAAUGUGAAAGAGAGCAAGGAAAGUUCUCUAAAAUUCACACAGCGUUCCUACUCUGCAACUGUUCUGGAGAAUGCCACCAAAGUAAAAACCUUAACUAUCAUUAGUCCCCUGGGCAGUCGUAUUAAUGAACCCUUAUUUUUUCACAUUCUUAACCCAGAUCCCAGGUUUAAAAUUAGUCCUACAUCUGGAGUACUUUCAACUACUGGAAUUCCAUUUGAUCGAGAGGAAGAGGAUCUGUUUGAACUGGUGGUAGAAGUCAGUGAUGAGCAGAAACCCCCAACAGUUGCUCAUGUCUUAGUGCAGGUUACAGUAGAAGAUGUAAAUGACAAUAACCCUGUUUUUGUUAAUCUUCCUUAUUAUGCCAUGGUUCAGAUAGAUGCUCCAGAGGGUCAUCUUAUCCGACAUGUCACUGCUGUGGAUAGAGACAUUGGCAAGAAUGGAGAAAUAACCUAUUAUCUAAAGGAACAUUCCCAGCAGUUCCAGAUUGGUCCAUCUGGGGAGAUAAAGUUAAAAAAGCAGUUUGAUCCAGAUUCUUCUAACAAAGAAUAUUUUAUAACAGUAGUAGCAAAAGACAGUGGAAACCCCUCUUAUUCAUCUGAGGUUGUUGUUCCAAUUACCGUCAUGAAUAAAGCCAUGCCAGUCUUUGAAAAUCCUUUCUACAGUGCAGAGAUUGCUGAAAAUGCCAAUCUUCAUAGUCCUGUUGUGCAUGUGCAAGCCAACAGUCCCGAAGGAUAUCGAAUCAUUUACAGUAUCACAGAUGGCGAUCCCUUUAAUCAGUUUAAUAUAAACUUUAACACCGGUGUAAUAAAUGUAUUUGCUCCAUUGGAUUUUGAAUCACACCCAGCCUACAAACUCAGAGUUCGAGCCACAGAUUCCCUUACUGGGGCACAUGCUGAGGUUUUUGUUGACAUUAUCUUGGAGGAUGUUAAUGAUAACCCACCUGUAUUUAGAGAGAAAACAUAUGCUGCCACCUUGUCGGAAGCAUCUGUUAUUGGAACAUCUGUUGUUCAAAUAAAUGCAAAAGAUCCCGAUUCAGGACAGAACAAUGCUAUUUCUUUUCACUUGGUUGAAACAAGUGGAAAUAUAUCACAGUAUUUUCACAUAGACGCCAGCAGUGGACUUAUUGAAACUGCCAAGCCAUUGGAUUACGAGUACUUCCAGGAAUGCACUUUAGUAGUAAGGGCUACAGAUAAUGGAAUUCCACCACUCAGCAAUGACAUUUCUGUACAUAUCGGAUUGACUGAUCUCAAUGAUAACCCACCAGCCUUUAUCCAGCAAGUUUAUGAAGUUAAAAUCAGUGAGCUUUCUAAACCAGGGCACUUUGUAACUUGUGUCAAAGCCACCGAUGCAGAUAGUUCAGAUACUGAAAAGUUAGAAUAUUCAAUCCUUUCAGGGAAUGAUGACAUGAACUUUAUUAUUAACAGUAAAACUGGCGUAAUAACCGUUUCCUACCUGCGAAAAAUGAUUUUGAAUCCAUUCUAUUCGAUCAAUGUUUCAGUGUCCGAUGGUGUUUUUAGAAGUUCUGCUCAGGUUCAUGUUACUGUAAAAAGUGCCAAUCUGCACAGUCCUAAGUUUGGACAAAAUGAAUAUGAAGUGGAACUGUCAGAAAACUCUCCAGUGCAAACACUUGUUACUGAGCUAAAGGCUGUCGAUGAAGAUAAAGGACUGUAUGGGCAACUUACCUAUCAUAUUAUAAAUGAUUUUGCCAAAGAUAAUUUUAACAUCAAUGAGAGAGGACAGCUGUUUACUGCAGAAAGGUUUGAUCGAGAAAUCCCAACAAAUAAAGUAAUCCCUGUAAGUGUAAUGGCAAAAGAUACCGGUGGGAAAGUUGGCUUCUGCAUCGUUAAUGUAAUACUUACGGAUUCUAAUGACAAUGUUCCACAGUUCCGGGCCACAGAGUAUAAAGUAAGCAUUGCAUCCGAUGUUCCCCGUGGUACCCCCAUUGUUAAAGUCAUAGCCUCUGACAGUGAUGAGGGAGCAAACGCUGAUAUUUUCUAUUCCAUUGAGGCACAGUCUGCAAGCGUUGAAGAAAAUUUCGGAAUAUCCCAAUCCUCUGGCACCAUUAUAACAAAAGAGAGUUUGAUUGGCUUGGAAGAUGAAGUGUAUUCAUUCUUUGUUAAAGCAACUGAUGGUGGAACACCACAGAAAGAGUCUCUUGUGCCAGUCUUCAUUAGAAUUCUUCCACCAGAAGUUGUUCUACCAAAGUUCUCUGAACCAUUUUAUACUUUAAGUAUAUCUGAAGAUACUGCCGUUGGUACAGAACUUGAUGUUGUUAAAGCUGAAAGCAAUGAACCUAUAAUAUACUCUCUUAUGAAAGGAAAUACACUUGAAAGUAAUCUAGAUGAUGUUUUUGUUAUUGACAAACAAAAUGGCCGACUCAAACUUGAAAAACAAUUGGAUCAUGAGUCAACCAAAUGGUACCAAUUUUACGUGCUGGCACACAAUCUUCAUGGAGAACAUGAGAUCAUUUCCUCUGUGGACGUUAGCAUUUUAGUCAAAGAUGUCAAUGACAAUGCUCCUGUGUUUGAUUCAAAUCCAUAUAAAGCAUUCAUCGUAGAAAAUCUUCCCGAAGGAACCAAAGUCGUCCAAGUAAGAGCAUUUGAUUUGGAUGUAGGAUCCAAUGGACAAGUUUCAUAUAUGUUGGGGCAUUCACAGGACUUGGAGGAAAUUAAAGAACUUUUCUCAGUGGAUCGGGAAACAGGAUGGGUCACCACUCUUGGCGAGCUUGACCAUGAGAAAACAAACAAGUAUCAUAUUGUUGUUGUUGCUUACGACCACGGUGACAAAGUGCUUUCAUCUUCUAGUACCAUUGAAGUUACAGUAAUGGAUGUGAAUGACAAUCCUCCACGCUUCACUGCAGAAAUCUAUAAAGGCACUGUGAGUGAAGAUGACCCCCCUGAUGGCGUGAUUGCUAUUCUGAGCACCACUGAUAAUGAUACAGAGGAAAUAAACAAAGAAGUCACCUUUCAUAUAACAGGUGGAGACCCACUAGGGCAGUUUGCCAUUGAAAAUAUGCAGCAUGAAUGGAAAGUCUAUGUGAGAAAACCACUUGACAGGGAAGUGAAGGACAAUUAUCUUCUAAACAUAACAGCAACAGAUGGGACAUUUGCAACCAAAGCGGUGGUAGAAGUGAAAGUCCUUGAUGCCAAUGACAACACUCCAGUUUGUGAAAAGACUUCCUACGCUGAGACAAUUUCAGAGGAUGCCCUCGCUGGCAGAGUAAUUCUCCAGGUGGCUGCUAGCGAUGCCGACAUUCGCUCUAAUGCUGAGAUCAUUUAUACCCUGCACGGUGUGGGUGCUGAGAAAUUCCAUCUCAAUCCAUUCACAGGUGAGCUAAAGACCUCAUUACCUCUUGAUCGGGAGAUUCUGGAAGUCUACCAUCUCAUGGUGAAAGCCACCGAUGGGGGUGGAAGGUUCUGCCAGGCUGCCGUCGAGCUGACAUUAGAAGAUGUCAAUGACAAUGCUCCUGAGUUCUCGGCUGACCCAUAUACUGUUACAGUUUAUGAAAAUACUGAACCCCAAACUCCACUCCUAAGGGUGCAGGCCAUUGAUGCAGAUUUAGGACUUAAUCAUAAGGUGCAAUAUUCAUUAGUCAGCUCGGCAGAAGGUCAAUUCUCAAUUGAUGAGUUGUCUGGAAUAAUCAGUUUAGAAAAGCCAUUGGAUCGGGAGCUGCAAGCCGUUUAUACCCUCACUGUCAAAGCCACGGAUCAAGGGCUACCUCGCAAACUCUCUUCAGUUGCAAGUGUUGUGGUGUCUGUCCUGGAUAUUAAUGACAACCCACCGGUCUUCGAACAUCGAGAAUAUGGUUCCUCUCUGACGGAGGAUGCGCCUGUCGGGACUGAAGUGCUUCAGGUUUAUGCUACAAGCAGAGACAUUGAAGUGAAUGCAGAGAUCACGUAUAAAAUAAUCAGCGGAAACGAGCAUGGGAAAUUUACCAUUAACCCAGUUACAGGGAUGAUAUUUAUCAUUGCCAGCUUGGACUAUGAAACAUCGCCUGAGUACUACUUGACAGUGGAGGCCACGGACGGGGGCACACCUCCUCUUAGCGACGUUGCAAGUGUGAAUAUCAAUGUAACAGAUGUCAAUGAUAACUCUCCAGUUUUCAGCCAAAACACAUACACAACUGUUGUUGGAGAAGACUCUGUGUCCGGACAGUCCGUCCUCAUGGUUGUGGCAGAUGACGCUGAUGGACCUUUGAACAACCACAUACGUUACUCAAUUACAGAAGGCAACCCGGGGAAUACGUUUAUCAUUGAUCCAGUGAGAGGAGAAGUUAAAGUGAAUAAACUUUUAGAUCGAGAGCUGAUUUCUGGAUAUACAUUAACUAUACAGGCAGAAGAUAAUGGCCAACCCCCCAGACGCAACACCACAACUGUCAAUAUUGAUGUCUCUGAUGUUAAUGACAACCCCCCAAUGUUCUCCAAAGGGAAUUACAGUAUUGUUAUACAGGAAAAUAAGCCAGUCGGAUUCAGCAUCCUGCACUUGGCCGUUACAGACAAGGAUUCUUCACACAACGGCCCACCUUUCACUUUUGUGUUUUUGAGUGGAAAUGAAGACAACACUUUUCAGAUGGAUGAACAAGGGCUUAUUACCACCGCAGGGACGCUCAGUAGGAAAAUCAAAGAUCUCUUUGUGCUGCAUAUUCAGGUGUCAGAUAAUGGGAAACCACAGCUAUCGUCUUUCACCAACAUUGAAGUGCGAGUGAUUGAAGAAAGCAUUCACCCUCCAGCAAUUCUACCUUUGGAAAUCUACAUUACAACAUUUGGGGAAGAGUACUCGGGCGGUGUGAUUGGCAAGGUCCAUGCCACCGAUCAGGAUGUUUAUGACACGCUGACUUACAGUCUGGAUCCCAAAAUGGAAAACCUUUUCUCAGUUUCCAAGACAGGUGGCAAACUAAUAGCACGCAAACAGCUGGAUGUUGGCCAGUAUCUGCUUAACGUCAGUGUCAGCGACGGGAAGUUUACCACAGCGGCCGAUAUCACUGUGCACAUCCGACAAAUAACCCAAGAGUUACUGAAUCACAGCAUUACUUUCCGCUUUGCCAACCUGUCCCCAGAGGAGUUCAUUGGAGACUACUGGCGCAACUUUCAGAGAAGCCUCAGGAACCACCUGGGUGGACGCAAAAUUGACAUUCAGAUCAUUAGCUUACAGCCUUCUGAGCCGCCCAGAAAUCUUGAUGUCCUUUUAGCAGCAGAGAAAGUGGGAAAUACAUAUUUUGCACCCAAAGUUCUCAUCCAGAAAAUCAAUGCAUCCAUUGCAGAGAUUGAAGACAUCAGUGGUGUUAAAAUCCUUGACGUUUUCCAUAAACUCUGCUUGGAUGUAGAAUGUCCUCUCAGGUUCUGCGAUGAAAAAAUAUCAGUAGAUGAAAGUGUCAUGUCAACUCACAGUACUGCGAGGCUGAGCUUUGUCACACCAAGACACCACCGUAGAGCAAUCUGCCUGUGUAAAGGAGGAAAGUGCCCCACUCUGGACAGCCUGUGUGAUGGAAAUACUUGCCCCGAAGGAACAGAGUGUGUUGUUGACGUAAAGGAAGGAAAGUUCAACUGUGUUUGUCCUAGUGACAGGCCUGGGCAGUGCAACGUUGGUUCAUCAGUAACCUUUACUGGGAACAGUUACAUUAAAUACCGCUUAAUGGAGAAUGAAAAUAAGGAAGAAAUGAAGCUUUCUUUGAAGUUACGAACCUAUUCUGCUCACGCAGUGGUCAUGUAUGCCAGAGGAACAGACUACAGUAUCCUAGAGAUCCAAGGAGGGAAACUGCAGUACAAAUUUGAUUGUGGCAGUGGACCUGGAAUAGUGUCAGUUCAGAGCAUCCAUGUUAAUGAUGGCCAGUGGCACACCGUGUCUUUGGAGGUAGAUGGGAACUAUGCCAGGCUGGUAUUGGAUCGCGUUCACACAGCAUCUGGAACUGCCCCCGGAACACUCAGAACACUCAAUCUCGAUAACCAUGUGUUCUUUGGUGGCCAUAUGCGCCAACAAGGUUCCAAACAUGGGAGAAAUCUGCAAGUGACUAAUGGUUUCAGAGGAUGCAUGGACGCUGUCUUACUGAAUGGCCAAGAGUUGCCUCUCAAUAGCAAAUCAAAGAAUAAUGUACAUAUAGAAGAGUCUGUGGAUAUUUCCUCUGGAUGUUCCCUUUCUGCUGCAGAUGUCUGCUCGGGUAGUCCUUGCCAGAAUGGUGGCACGUGUUCCCCACUGUCAAACGGAGGAUACUAUUGCAAAUGCUCUUCAUUAUUCAUGGGCACCCACUGUGAUAUCAGCAUUAAUCCUUGUGCCUCGAACCCUUGCCUUUAUGGUGGCACCUGUAUUGUCGUCAAAGAGGAUUUUAUGUGUCAUUGUAGAGGGGACUAUACUGGCCCAAGGUGUCAGUUUGGUCCAUAUUGCAAAGAUAACCCAUGUAAGAAUAGUGGCAAAUGCAUUGACAGUUUAGACGGACCUGUGUGCGAAUGUGAAUCCGGUUUCCAUGGAGAUAAGUGUCUAAAUGAUAUUGAUGAAUGCCUGGAGAACCCCUGUCCAACUGGUGCCAUGUGUGAAAAUACCUAUGGUUCUUACAGCUGUAACUGCAGUAAUGGAUAUGGCGGGAAACUCUGUACCGACGUUCUACCCAACAAAUAUGUCUCAACGUCCUGGAAUAUUGGUUUAGCUGAAGUUAUUGGGAUCAUUGUCUUUAUAGCAGGAACCUUUUCUAUUGUCGUCAUUUUUGUUGUGUGUCGUACUGUGGCCAAUAAAAAGAAGAAGAAGCGGCAGUCGGAGCCAGAGGACAAACACUCUGGGGCCACUUCGGCCUUUUUACCAAGGCAAUUUUUGGAUCCUAAAGUGAACAAGAACAUCUACUCAGACAUCCCACCACAAGUCCCUGUCCGGCCUAUUUCAUACACACCCAGCAUUCCUAGUGAUUCCAGAAACAACCUGGACAGAAAUUCUUUUGAAGGAUCUACUAUUCCAGAACACCCAGAGUUUAGUACAUUCAAUCCUGACUCUGUUCAUGGACACAGAAAAGCUGUUGCAGUCUGCAGUGUAGCUCCUAACCUUCCACCGCCACCUCCAUCCAACUCUCCAUCAGACAGUGACUCUAUACAAAAGCCCAGUUGGGACUAUGACUAUGAUGCAAAGGUUGAUCUUGACCCGUGUCUUUCAAAGAAGUCUUUGGAUGAAAAAGCUUGUCAUCUAUACAAUCCUCGCGAAAGUAUGUCUGAAAUACAGUCUCUAAGCUCCUUCCAGUCAGAGUCUUGUGAUGAUAAUGCUUCCAUUGUGACAGUAAUACACCUUGUCAAUGCUGUUGUUGACUCGGUGGAAACAGAAGAGUCUUUUGCAGUUCCUGAAGUCAGGAAUUCAAGAGGUUAUCAUUGGGAUACUUCAGACUGGAUGCCUAGUGUCCAACUGCCAGAUAUUCAGGAAUAUCCUCAUUAUGAAGUCGUUGAAGAACCAGCUCCUCACUACACAGACCCAAAUGUCAUUGACACAGAUUAUUACCCUGGAGGUUAUGACAUAGAGAAUGACUUUCCGCCUCCCCCUGAUGACUUCCCUUUACCAGAUGAGCUUCCACCACUACCGCCAGAAUAUACAGAACAAUAUGAUUCAAUGCAGCCAUCAAGGGAAAUGCCCGUCGUCGGCAGCCUAGGUUCAUCGACGAAAAGUAGUCCGAGAUAUAACCUUAAUAAAUACCUUCCUCGUCACCAAUACCCAACAAGUAUGUCAGAACCUCAAAGCACUACAAGUGGAGAUGGCAAUAGUUAUAGAGAGCCUUAUGCUGCUUCCUACAUGUUAGGGUUUAAUAGAGACUUUGAAGUCCCCAUCGUGGACAACAUGUCCAUGUCUGGAUAUACUUCUGCAGCUUCAUGCACUGACGUGUCUGCAGGCUGUGAGAUGGAGUCGGAGGUUAUGAUGAGUGACUAUGAGAGUGGAGAUGACGGUCACUUUGAAGAUGUAACAAUUCCUCCACUGGAUUCCCAGCAUCACACCGAAGUCUGACACUCAAAAAAGUGCCUGGACAUUUCACAAUUUCAAAAUUUGAUAGAGAAAAUGAUAUCUUUCCAAUAUAUAUUUUUAUUUCCUGUGCAUUGCUUUUCUGUAUUCUUUUUUUGCAUUAGAGAUUUCAGUCCGGCGUGACUCCUCUGCUUCAUGCUGAGUCUCCUAAUGCGCGUUACUACGUCAUUCCCAGAGAUGCAACUAGGAAGUCCGGGGAAAGGAAGCUUUGUGAUAGGCCGUGUCGAAUUAUUUUUUUACAUCCCCCCCGCCCCUUUAUUUUUAUACCAUGAAAUAAUUUGCAUAGGAGGAAAUACCACUGCAUCACAUUAGCAUGAGAUGUGUAUUUAUAAAGUCUGAAAUAUAAUUUUAACUUUUUCCUCACUUGUAAAUUUCCUGUACAGUUUUGAUUUUAAUAGCAUAAACUAGAUUUUGUAGAUAUUUUGUGGAUUUAUUUUCUUUUUGAGCUUUAGCAAUUUCCAGGUCUGCCCCUUUGUACUAGUACGCAGAUUGUUCAAUAACCCAGGGCUUCACUGUAUCUCUUCUCUUCCACUGAAAUUAAUGACUUACAGAAUUUCCAGGUACGUACCACAAGAUCCAGAGAGAACGUCUGACGAUUCGACAAGGUCGGAAGUAUGAAAAUGUCUUAACAGAGAUUCCAUAUUUUAGCCCCCCCCCCCUCUUCUUGGAAAGUGUAAUGGGGACCCACUGCAUACCUGUUUAGAACCAAAAUCACCAUGACACAGUUUUUAUGGUGUCUGUAUAUUUGUGAUGCAAUGGUCUUGUAAAGGUUUUUACUGAGAACUACCAUUAGCCAGUCUUUCUUACUGACAAUAAAUUAUUUAAAAAAACAAAA